CGGAGUUAGAGAGAGAGAGAGACAGUGAGCGGGAAAAGAAUGGAGGGAAAAAGCUUUCUCUCUUCUACAGAGAAGAAGUCCGGAGCGCGCGACCCGAUUCCCGUAUUCGGAUCUCCCGCCCGUUCGCCGCCGCUCUCGCCAUUGUGGGUGGCGCCGGCGCAUGUAAAGUUUCGCAUCCUCUGCCCCGAGUCUCGGGCCGGUGCUGUAAUCGGAUAUUGUGGAAGCGUGAUCAAUCAGAUUAAACAGUUAACGAGAUCAAAGAUCCGAGUCGAGGACGCUCCUCUUGGUUCCCCGGACCGGGUCGUCACGGUUGUCGCACAUGGAGAUUCGGGGUCUAGGGUAAAACUAGAUGAUGGCUAUGGGGAGGAGGAAGAAGUUGAGGUCUCCAGAGCACAAGAAGCGUUGAUUAGGGUUUUCGAAGCUCUGAUUGAAGGAUUUGGGACUGGUACGGUCUCGUGCAGGCUGUUAAUGGAAGCCAGCCAUGUGGGUGCUGUGAAAGGUGCGGGUGGUGAAAUAGUGGAGAUGAUAAUGAAGGAAACUCGUUGUAAGGUUCAAAUAGGGACAGAUCAUUUGCCGAUUUGCGCAGAUCCCGAUGACGCUUUGGUGGAGGGAGAUGACCAUAAAGAUGUGGAUCCUCGUGAUUCCUUGCAUAGACAUUUUGAGAUCGGUCAAAGAGAUGCUCUGGAUAGGCGUUUGGAGCCAUUUCCACCAGAUGAUUACCAAAGGCGUACUGAAACAACCACACAAGAAACUCUUUCUCAGCCAAGGAUAGAUACGCAUCCUCACAGGAUCAUUGCCUCUGCUUCAAAGAAAGAUCCUGUCACCAUUGAGCAGCCUCUCUCAGAACCUGAUGAUGAUAUCCGAAAAAUAGUUUUUAAGCUACUCUGUCCGACCGAAAGUGCUGGUGGUCUUAUUGGGCCAGGGGGUGCCAAUAUCAAGACUAUUCAAAGUGAGUCAGGCGCCUCCAUAUAUGUGGCAGAUACACCUGCUAACUGUGAUGAAUGCUUGAUUACAAUUACAUCAGAGAUCCCUGAAGACAGACUGUCCCCAGCACAAAGAGCUAUUGUCCUUAUUUCAGGAGAGUUCCCAACUGUGAAAGGUGUGAUCUACCGUAUUACCAGUGUGCUACGAGCCUUGGGGAUCGCCCGUAGAAAUACGAGUUCCAUGGGAUUUCAUCCAUCUUCAAGUGAUUCAUUCACCAUUUCUACAAGACGGGGCAUAAGAUCUAAGGACUCCUUCCAGAGGGUGUCUCAUAAUCCAGCGAACUAUUCCAAGCCUGUUGAUGUGAAUCCUUAUAUAAGACCACAAGAUCCAUUUCUGAGUAGCUUCAGUCCCACUUCUGGAUAUCCUCCAAAUUUUGGUCAGGGAUCCACUACGGACGUUGAUCAUCUCUUAAGUGAAGCUCCAUCUCAGUUAUGGUCGUCACCGCCACCUGCUGCUCCAAGAGGUGCGUACGAUGUCAGUGGAGGAUUAUCUUCUACAAUGGCUGACCUUGGACUUGUCAGCGGACACAUAUCUUCCGUCGUUACAAACAUAACUGUGGAAACCAGAGUUCCAGAGAAUGCUGUGAGCUUUGUGUGCGGAGGAGAGGUGGAUGGUCACUAUCGUCUUAAUGCUAUGAGACGGAUAUCGGGCGCGACAGUCAUAGUCCAUGAACCUCAGCUUGGAACAAGUUACAGGAUCAUUGCCAUAUCUGGGACACCUGAUCAAAUCCAAACAGCUCUAAAAAUUCUUCAUGCCUUAUUGCCUUUAUCCGCAUAGAUGAAUCGUUACCAUUGCUUUUUUCAUCAUAUAAGUGAUGCCAUCAUGGGAAGCACAAGGAGAUUUGUUUCAUUCGUUCUUGUCGGGAUUUUUUUGACUCUUUGUACAGUAUGCUUUCAACUAACCAUUUUGAUUGAGUAAUACUAAUUACUAAUGUUUUCUCUAA